CUCAUCAAGACAAUAAAACACACUUCUCUCAACACAAAAUCCUACAUUCCCUUCUACAACACUUCCCUUACCUUAAACAACACAACCUAUACAUACAAUCCCAAACCUAUACACACAAACACAAUCAAUGGCGGCGGAUGACCCCACACCACUCGCCCAGCUCCUCUCCGUCCCGAUCAUCCUCUCCGACCGCCUCCGCCACGCCGCUGCCGCCGCCACCUCCUUCAAGUCCGAGUGCUCUGCGGUCGACAACCAGGCCGAACGCAUAACCCUCAUGCUCCGCUCCGCCGCUCGCUACGCCACGACCACCGCUUCCUUAUACGACACUCCGGUGCGUCGUAUUGUCGCCGAAGUUGAUAAGAAUUUGUCCAAGGCGUUGGCGCUCGUUCACAAGUGUCGCCGGAGGAAUAUUCUGCGGCGGCUUUUUAGUAUUGUGAGCGCCGCUGAUUUUAAGAGGGUUUUUAGUUUGUUAGAUGCUUCUAUUGGUGAUUUGAAGUGGAUGCUUAAUUUGUUUGAUUGUGAUGGUGGUGGUGUGAUUUUAUCGUUACCGCCUAUAGCGACUAAUGAUCCGAUGUUAUCGUGGGUGUGGUCGUUGGUGGCUUCGAUUUAUCGAGGGGGGUUUGAAGGAAGAAUUUCUGCGGUGAAUGAGUUGGCGUCUGUGGCGAAGGAUAAUGAGAGGAAUAAGAAGAUGAUUGUGGAGGAAGGGGGAGUGGGGGCUUUGAUUAAGAUGUUGAAGGAAUGUGAUUCUCCGAAUGGGCAGGUUGCGGUGGCGAAUGCGCUUCUGAUUUUGGCGGAUGAUGGGGAGAGGGUGAGGGUGAUCGCGGGGGAGAUGGGGGUGGGGGUUAUUGUGGGGGUUUUGGGGAGUGCGGUGAUGAGGGUGCAGGUUGUGGUGGCGGAUUUGGUGGCUAGGAUGGCGGAGUUUGAUGCGGGGGUGAGGGAGGAUUUUGCUAGGGAGAAUGCGAUUAGGCCUUUGGUCACGUUGGUUUCGUUUGAGACGUUUGUUGAUGAUUUGAGGGGAGGUGGUGGGAAGCAGAGUUUGCAUUCAAUUGUAGAGAUUAAUAAGCAGAUUGGGAGGAAUGGUUUUGGUUCGUUUGGUUAUAAGCCCGGGGGGUUGGAAGGUGGGGGAGGUGGUUAUGGGAGGAGAGAGAGAGGGAAUGAGACUCCGGAAAUGAAGCUGAAGUUGAAGAUUAGUUGCUCUCAGGCUCUUAGGAUGCUUGCUAGAGGUAGUGUCUCGAAUAGUAGGAGGAUUACUGAGACGAAGGGGCUGCUAUGUUUGGCUAAACUCAUUGAGACGGCAAAUGGGGAACUGCGGUUGAAUUGUUUGUUGACAAUUAUGGAGAUUACAGCUGCAGCUGAGUCAGAUGCUGAACUUAGGCGAGCAGCUUUCAAGACGAAUUCCCCUGCUGCAAAGGCUGUUGUGGAUCAGCUGGUCAAGUUAAUUAAAGAUUCAAACAACCCGGCAUUGCAGAUUCCUGCCAUGAGAUCAAUUGGUUCCUUAGCUAGAACCUUUCCUGCACGAGAGACUCGGGUGCUUGUUCCAAUAGUUGAGCAGCUGGGUAACCAGAACCAAGAGGUGUCAACAGAAGCUGCUAUUGCCCUUGGAAAAUUUACUUGUCCGGAUAAUUUUCUUUGUGCUCAGCACACAAAAACAAUCAUUGAAUACCGCGGUAUGCAAUCACUGAUGAGAUUAUUGAGGGCAAAUGAAAUAGCAAAGUUUCAUGGAGUCGUUCUUCUUUGUUACCUUGCACUGUCUGUCGCGGAGGAUGAGAUUUCUGAGCAUGGACGAAUGUUGACAACUCUUCAGGGAGCAGAGCGUACCUACACAACUCAGUCACCGGAGUUCAAAGAAUUAAUUUCAAAUGCAAUACGUCGCCUUUCUGUUUAUCAUUCAGGGGAUAUUUCUGUCAAAAUGUCAUAGGGGCUCUCAGCCAUUAUAUUGAUUAAAGCUGAUACAUAGAAUUUGCAGACUUUGGAUCAUACUUAGACCGGGAAAUACCUUCCCUUCAUAGUGUUAAAUAAAUACUUUGUUUAUUUUGUGAA